AGAUGAGUUCUUUUUUACUGUUAAUUAAAUUCAUAUAUCAUCCUAUGAAGAAAAGCUUCCAGAAAACAUGCCUGUUUUGCUUUAUGUGUUUAAAAAAUGUCUGAUAGGAAAACUGUUAUACACAGAGCCCAUGCUAUUGAGAAGCUACUCUCUGAGAACAAUUAUCAAGAUAUUGAUAAUCACCUCAUAGAGCUUGAAGCUCUUGAUAUGACUACAGAAUACCUUCAAGAGACUGAUGUUGCCAAAGCUGUGUAUAGAGUACUCAAGAAUUGCCCUUCACUAGGAUUGAAAAGGAAAGCAAAGAACUUACUAUCAAAGUGGAAAACAGUUUACACAAGUAGUUGCCUUCAGUCAAUACAAAGUAAAAAGUCAGUUUUGGGGAAUGUGAAAGAGGACAGUAAACACUUCAGUGUAACUGUAGGGGCUUCAGAAGAACUGACUGAACAGAACCCAUUAAAUCCUGAUGAUUCUAAGAGUUUUCUACUGUCACAAAACCUUCCAAUAUGUAACAAACCAAAAAGCCAUACAGAUCAGCAGCAGAUUUUAGAAGAACAGUGCUCUAGUAAUGAAGAUGCUACACCUGUUGUCAAUAUAACAAGCUCACCACAAGAUCAUGUGGAGGUCAUGAGGUCUAAAUGCACAGAACUUCUUUAUAAAGCCUUGACUGAUUCUGUCCUAAGCCAAGAAGAAACCAAUAAGUUGCAAAAAUUAGCCAAAGAAAUUGAAGAGCAUAUUUUUGUUCUGCAUACUAAAAAUGACAAAAAGUACAAAAAUUGUGUCAGAAGCAAAGUGUCUAACUUGAGGAAUCCUAAAAGUUCCCACUUAAAGCAUAACCUGUUUUCAGGGAUUUUGAAUCCAAAAGUUUUUGCUGAGAUGACAGUGAUGGAAAUGGCCAGUGAUGAACUGAAGCAGCUCAGGGCUUCAUACACAGAAUCGUCUGUUCAGGAACAUCAGCUUCCCCAAGUCAUUAGUGGCACACAGACAAACAAAAUCAAAUGUAGGCGCUGUGAAAAAUUUGACUGUACUGUCACAAUGAUUGCUAGGGGAACUCUCUUUCUUCCUAGUUGGGUGCGAAAUGCAAAUCCAGAUGAACAAAUGAUGACUUAUGUUGUUUGCAAUGAAUGUGGAGAACAAUGGUACCACAGCAAAUGGGUUUGUUUGUAAUUAUUUAUCUUUAAGGAAUGACUUAGGAGUGAAAAUGUAAAAAUGUAUUAAAUUACUGAGAAAAAACAAUGUAUUUUUGGAAUUACUUACAUGCCUAUUAAAAUGUUAAUAAAGUAGUGCCAGUAGAUGAAAGUACA